AUGUGGAUAAUCCAAGUUAGCGGAGAGCGUUAUACCUUCACCCGAGCGCGCUCCCGAGAAGAAGCGGACGUACGAUGCCGUCACGAAGCAUCACGUUGCUCGUUGGGGAAGCGACCUGUGCUAACCGCUGGCAAACCUUUUUCUGUUUCAGUUGAUCCGAAAUACGUUGCGAUAUUCAAGCAUACCUGCGUCACCUGCGGCAAAACUUACAAGCACAAACACCAUUUGAAGCGACAUCACGAUUUCGAGUGCGGGGUCGAUCCGAAGUUCAAGUGCGCCUUCUGUCCGCACAGGACCAGAUACAAGGACAGCCUGAUGAAGCACAUACUGGCGCGUCAUCAGCAUUUCUUGGAACAGAAUUCGCAAUAUGGUCAUCAACAGGUUUUCGAGGCGCAUCCCGAUACCGAGAUGAAUUUUCAUGCGCAGGAGACGAAUACGUUUAAUGUUUAUCCCGAUUUUACGUAAAAUCUCUAAUUGUUUCGUCGUAUUAGUGAAUUAUAUGUAUUUUAUUGAUGCGUGGUGUUGACAUGAUUAGGUGAAUGCAAGAAAUUGUAAGUAAUAUAUGAAAAAUUAAAAUAACCACGUUAUAAGCAAUCAAAUUAAAUUCUUGAUUUAUUUUCUGAUUUUACA